CCUCUUUUGAGAUCUUACUCUUUUUUAAAACAUUCACUUACUCUUACCUUUUCCCACUUUGUAUCCCUUUCCUACUUUUCCCUCUCUUCUUUCUCACCUUCUUUUCUUUCUCCUUUUCUCUUCAUGUUUCUCAAUUUCGUUUAAUCAGCAAUCUUCCUUUCGGAGUUUUUGCUUCUUUCAUUCUAAACGAUGCCUGACAUGGAUGUGCUCCCCGACAACGAGAAGUGUGCCUUGGAUAUGAGUACCUACGAGAAUUUGUCUAAUGUUUGCAAUGCACCUCCUCUUCACUCUGCUACUCCCAUUCCCAAGGAUGAUACCGAUGGUUCUUACGUUUUCGUUACCUCCAUCGAUGCUGCUACUAACCAUGAUCACGCUGCUUCGGAUCUUAAUGCCCAACCAAUGUGUUCUCAUAACGUUGAUGCCCAGAUUCAGGUUCACAAUCCUGAUGAAUUGAAGGAUUCCCAAUUCGACUUUUCUGAGCAUAUCAAAGAGAGUGACGAAAUUCAGGAUGAGAUCAGUCUGGCGGAUGUCCUUCAUUCUUCUGACGCCAAGGUGGAUGAACCGGAACCUGGACUCCCUUCUCAAACCGUGGAACAAACUCGAAUCUUGGAGAACCAGACUAUCGAGAAAUCGUUUGAUGCGGAGACAAAUUCUGGCCAAAUCCAUGGGGUACACUCUCCUCAAGAAGUUGAAGACAAUCAGAUUCAGGAGGAAAAUCAAAGAAUUUCUACCUCUGGAUCUUCUAACACCGAUGAUCGUAGUGGACAAAUCGAGGUGGAGUCGUCCGAAAUGGCGGAAGAUAUUCAAAUUCAUGAGGAUAAUGGAAUUGUGGAAAUCAUAAAGUCUUCUGGCACCGAGACAAAUCUUGUGGUAAACAUUGAGGCGGAGUCUUCUUCGAAGGCAGACGGCAUCCAGAUUCUCAAGGAUAAUGGAACUGUUGCCAUCAAGUUUUCCGAUACUGAGUCGAACCCUGGGGAAGAGAUUGACGUGUCUUCUCCGAAGGCACAGGACAUUCAGAAUCACGAGGAAAAUGGCAUAAUGAAAGCCUUCGAUUUAUCUGAUGCCGAGGCAAAUCCUAGGUCAGAUAUUGAGGUGGAGUCUUCACGAGAGGUGGAAGACAUUGAGCUUCAGGGGCAAAAUGAAGUAGUGGAUACCAUAAAAUCUUCUACUACUAUGAAAAAUCGUGGGCAAGAAGGUGAAGUAAUUCCCGCGUGUAAUGAAAGAGUGGCUAUCAUUGAAUUGUCCAAUGCCAUACAUGACAGCAGUGAAGAAGCUGAGAUGGAACCUUUUGAGAGAGACGAAGGCAUUCAAGAGCCAGAAGAUGCAGAUGUGGAGGCUGCUGACUGCCGUUGUGUUACUGGCAAAGAGAAGGUUGAUGGGAUGGUAAAUAAAGCUGUGAUAAGCGACCCUGUCGGAGGAAUAGAAGAAUCUCAAAUUAUAACUGACCCUGUAGGAGGAAUAGAAGAAUCUCAAAUUAUAACUAUGGAUGCUGCUAAAUCUGACCUAGAUCAUUCUGAUGACUCAAUGGAAAAUGUUAAGGAGGAAUGUACAUCAGGGGCUGCCUUGAAUGACGAGAACUCUGAGAUAACUCAAUUUACAAUUUGCCAGGAUGGUGAACAUUUGGAAGACAUAAAUUUGCCAGAAGAAAACAAAGCGGAGGUGGAGCAGCAUUUGGAAGCAACUCCUAGUCCACUAGUCAGUUCAGAAGACAUAAAUGGUUCUAUCUCAAUUAGCUCGGAAGAUGACUUGCCAACUAGUAUGGAUCAAGAUGACCCCAUGGGAACUAUUGAUGACAAAGAUACUGUAGCCAACAGGACCAGCUUCCAUGGCCACACUGAAUCCUCGCCUGGCUCUGUAGAGUGUGAUAUUGCUACUGUUGAAACUCAUGAAUUAUCUCCUACGGUGCUUAUUAGUGAUCCAAUAGUAGAGAUUACUGUAAAUGAACAAGAGGUGAAUCACGUGUUGGAACUAGAAGAGAACUCAGAAAUGGUUUCUCAUCCUAAAGUGGACAAAUGUGUCAAGGUUGAAGUUUUGGAAGCUAUGGUUUCUGGAAAUGGAGAUGAUAUGCCCACUGCACUCGGCAAAUCUAAAAUUUAUUGUGGCGAUGGCUCUGUUGCUGGCAGUCAAUUGGUCGCUGAGGGCAUUGGAACAUUGGGAAGCAUUGAUACAGCAGUAUCUGCUGUUGUGAUAGGAAAUACUUCAAUUGAAAUAAGGGAACCUGCCUCUGCUAAUUGUCCUAAUGGUCCAUUAGUGAGAUCCGAUCUUGAUGUUGAGGAUUGUACAAUUUCUGAAAUUGGGGCUUCUGCGAGUGAUGUUGUCCAACCGGAUAAAGAAGUCAGUGAAAGUCAUGAGGUUGGUUUUCUUGGUAACUCCAAUUUUGAUACUAAGUGUGAGGAUGAUCACGUGGAAAAAGAUCACCUAGCACCUUUCCAUUGUAACGAUUGUACUUCAAUUGAAUGUGACGAGAAAGGUUCCACUGUUCCUGAAGUUCCUGAUGGCGUCAAUAAAUCUUCUGCAAUUCAAUCAAGUUCUGCUGUUGCAACAGACACAGAAUUGCAUGAUUACAAAAGCAGCUCAAGUCCAACUGCUAAUGAGAAACCGGAAGAUGACAUCAAGAUUCCAUCCUCCAUAGGAAGUGAUAGCAGAAAUGUACUCGGCAAUGAUUGCAGUGUGUCAAAAACUGAAAUUCUCAAGGAUUCUAUAGUAAACAAAGAAGAGAAUCUGCACUUAAUGUCCGAUGUUGUCUCUGAAACUGAUGGUAAACCAACAACGGAAGAAAUUGAGGUCAAUCAUGAGGGUUGCCAGAAUGAACCGUCAUCUAUUUCUCCGGAAGGUUGUGGUGAAACUUUAACGGGUCAAAAUGUAGGGGCUGAGGCAGGAACAAGGCCGUUUAACUUUUUGGUUAAGGUACCUCGAUUUGAUGACAAAAAUAUAAGAGAGCAGAUUAAGUGUGCUCAGACAGAAGUUGAUGGGAAGACCAAGGAUCGAGAUGCUAUUCGGGUUCAAAUACAGACAAUGAGGGCUGCGUGGAAAGUGUUGAGUGAUAAUCUUGAAGCAGCUGUGACGGAAGGAAGAGCUGCAAGAGACUUGCUGAAGUCAAAAAGAUUGGAGAUAGACUCUGUUCAAUCAGUGAUAACAAAAGUGAAGAAUGCUAUGUCUGUUGAGGACAUCGAUGGCAGGAUACGCAACAUUGAACAUAUGAUUGAGCAUGAAACACUGCCACUGAAGGAGGAAAAGCAAUUGAUUCGUGAAAUCAAGCAAUUGAAGCAGGUCCGGGAACAGCUUUCAUCAACUAUGGGUAAGCAGGAUGAGCUUCAACAGGCACUGGACCAGAAAGAGCAUAUUGAAGAGCGCCUUAAGCUAUUAAGAAAGGAGAUGGAUUUACUGAGAGACAAUGUUCUGAAAGCCGAAUCAGUUAUAAGGGCUGCCAAGAAGAAAUAUAAUGACGAAAGCAUAAAGCUGGAUGAAUUGCAAUCCCAGUUUAAAGCAGCAGAUAAGAUUCGCCAAGAGGCAUAUGCUAAUUUACAGAGUUUGAGGAAGCAAUUAUAUGAGAAGAACAAAUACUGCUGGAAGUAUCGGGAUGAUGCAAAGGAAGCCAAUGAAAUAGCAUCAAGUCGAGACAUAGAGAGACUGCAAAAUUUUUGCGUUAAUCAGGUGGAGCGCAUGAUGGAACUGUGGAACACAAAUGCUGAGUUCAGGGAAGAAUAUAUUAAGAGUAACAUGAGGAGUACCGUGAGGCGACUAAAGACGUUGGAUGGCCGUUCCCUGGGUCCCAAUGAAGAGCCGCAUGUACUGAAUCUUAUUGUCAAGGAGGGGUCAGCAAGGGACAAUUCUCUUUCAACAGUUUCAACAACCGAGGAAUCUGAAAAACCGAUGUCUGCUUAUGAUUCGAGAGAUAACAAACCAGAGACCAAAGUAGCCGAAGCGAAGAACCAAAUGACAAAAAAGACGAAGCCUAUAACAGUUGUGGGCUUAGUGAAUGCCCCUAGAAAUAUCUCUAGGGAAAAUGAGGUAGAAGAACCACCUCGACUGGAGGAGAUUAAGCGAACAAGAGAAGAAGAGGAGCUGGCAGCGAAAGUAGAAGAGUUGAGAAAGGAAGAGGAAGCAAUGAAGUUGAAGGAGCAACGUAAGUUGGAAGAGAGGGCAAAAGCCAAAGAGGCGUUGGAGAGGAAAAAAAGAAAUGCUGAGAAAGCCCAGGCCAGGGCAGUAAUCAAAGCACGAAAAGAGGCAGAAGAGAGAGAAAAGCUAAGGGAGAAGAGAGCAAAAAAGAAGGAAAGGAAGAUGGCAGCUGAGACAGAAGCUGGUAAUGGUUGGGAUGAAAGGGAUUCUGCUUUAGUCACGGAGACCCCUUCAGAAGCUCAGAAGGAAGAGUCUGAAAACACAGGUAAACUGGGGAUGGCAGCGAAGAGGCCUCAAAAAGCUUUGCAGUACACAAAACAGAGCAAGGCAAAGUCAAUUCCUCCGCCACUUCGCAUUCGGGGUAAGAAAAGGAUGCAACCAUGGAUGUGGGUUCUUCUGACAACCAUGGUUGUUUUUGCGCUGUUCUUCGUCGGACAACAACGGCUUCUCUACUAGAUCAUCUUGGUUCGAUUUUAAAAGUUAGAAUGCAAUUCAAUUUUAUAUAGUUAUAGAGUGAUACACAAAUUAGUUGGUAAGGGAAAAGAGAUAGACGUUUGGUUUGGGACAUUCCCAUAGAAUAUAUAGAUAAUAGUAGGCUAAUUCUUUGGUUCCUUUCUCAGGAUUCAUCUCCUCCAACUUACAAGUUGAUGAAGUUGUUCACUUAAAUUAGGAAAAAGAAAGAAAAAAAAAGAAAAAAAAGGAGGCUGGAGGGUUUUCCCAUCAUUAAGGCGCAAUGAAAUUUUAUUAUUUAUUAUUUUAUUAUUAUUUUUGUUGAUGUGUAGAAAUGAAAGAGUGGGUGGGAGGGGAGUUAUUGGUUUUGUUAAAUUCAGUAUUGUGAUUAGGAGUUAGGAGAGUGAUUAAUUAGGGUGGGGAGUGCAUAUUGGUGUUAGAAAGAAAAGAGAGUGAAAUUCCAUUCCAAGUGGGAGAGUAGAAUAGAAUAGAAGCAGAUGUUGAGGAUGAGUAAGUAGUAAUAGAGUAUAGUAGAGGAUGGCGGGGGUGGGGGCAUUACAUAAAUAUAAAAUAUGCCGUUGGUGAGUCCGUACAAGGGCCCCCCACUGAAAUUGUAGCUAUCAGGAACAAGAAUCAUGGUGCCCCCACCGCCUUCUGUGCCAUCACCUGUCUUCUGUACGACGACGUUUAUUGGUGCCCCUACAAAUGCCCUAUUCCCCUAAUGGAUCUCACUGUUACCACAAACUAUGGUCAACGCUCUGAUUAUAUAUCCACCCCUCCCUUUUCAUCCUCUAUAUAACUUUAUUAUUAUUCAUUGAUUAUUCCUCUUAAA